CGUGUGGUGGGUGUGGCUUCCCUGACCUUGCACAUGGUUCAGUCCACACCUGUCUGCAAUCAGCUUAUCAACUCACAGCUCAUGUACUCCAGCUCUCCCUUCACUCAUCACCAGAUUGUUCAGUCAGCUCAGUGGUAGCUACGCUCUCUCUCAGCCGCUCAGUAUUCACAGUACUUGAGUUAUUUUCUUGUGAUCUUUUUGUGCCGCCACUAAUCCAACUUCUCCUGUGUCCAGAUCUCCAGUGCCAGCUUGUCAACCAAGUCAUCUCUUGCUACACAGCUGCCAGCCCACUCUUCAACUACUCCACGCCAGGUUCACCCAGCUACCAGCCUAUUUCUGCCAUACAAACCCUCUACAGCCUGCUCUCUCAUCCAUCCAUCUCUGUUUCUGUGUCUGCUUAUGGGUCCAAAACAACCUCAGAAUUAAUACAUCACAGUUCAUUAACCACAAAGACAGAAAAAAAGUGACAGAUAUUUAAAAAGUUGAAGUGUGGCCUUUAAAGUCAGAGGAUCACACGUAUACACUGAGUUCCUGUUCUCCUCUCAGAUAGAAACUGUCUCUGUUCAUUGUGGUUCAGUCUGUUGGAGGAUGAGGAUGAACAUCUGCAGCUGCCUGUUAGCUUUAGUUCUGGGCUGUAAUGUGACAGCAGAAAUAAUCCAUCAAAUAGUCAAAGAGGAGCAACAAGUCUCUCUGCAUUGUUCUCACUCUGUGGAGGGUAAAGUGACGUGGAGCAGAGAAAUUAAUGGAAACACAGUUGACAUAUUAAUAGCUGAUGGUGACGGAGAGCAAAGAUUCAAUGACUCCCACAAACGAUACAGUUCAUUAGCAGAUAAGUCACUGCACAUCUCUAGAGUUGCUCUCUCAGACUCUGGAAAAUACUUGUGUAAUAAUGAAGCAGCUGUGGAACUGACGGUGAUCCCAUCAGGAACAACAAUAGUCAGUAUUGCAGAGAAGUCCAGCGUCACUCUGACAUGUCCUGAUGUUGGAGGGUCACAUGUUCCAACAUGGACCAGAGAGAUUGAUGGAAAACGACAACAAAUCAGGCAUCAUGUUUCAGCUGUUCACAAGUAUCUGAAUAUACCAGACGUGCAGCCUGGUGACUCUGGACUGUACUACUGUGAUGGAAAACCAGCUGCAAAUCUAAACGUGAUCAAAGGUGAUCAGUCUGAGAGAGAAGAUAAAAAAACCCCAAUAUCACCUACAACAACUUCUACAACAUCACCACCAGCUGCAAACACAGAAAUGAUCCAUCAAAUAGUCGAGGAGAAGGAACAUGUCUUUCUGCAUUGUUCUCACUCUGUGGAGGGUAAAGUGACGUGGAGCAGAGAGAUUAAUGGAAACACAGUUGACAUACUUACAGUUGAUGGUGACAGAGAGCAAAGAUUCAAUGACCCCCACAAACGAUACAGUUCAUUAGCAGAUAAGUCGCUGCUCAUCCUCAAAACUGCUCUCUCAGACUCUGGAAAAUACUUGUGUAAUAAUAAAGCAGCUGUGGAACUGACAGUGAUCCCAUCAGCCUCUCCUUACCUGUGGCGGAUGCCUGUUCGUGUGGUGAUCGUAAUACUUUAUUUAAUCCUGAUGAUCAGCAUCACCGUCACUACCUGGAGAAGAGCGCAACAGAUACAGAAGCAACACACAGCAGAAACAGAAAAUCAUCUCUGAUCCUCCAUCACACAGAAACAAGAGCGCUAAAAACCAACCUGUCAACAGUGUUCAUCCUCAUACAGUCUGACAGGAAACAGGUCUGGUUGACAGAGGUGGUGAACAACCCGCACAGCUAAACAGUCUCUUUCUCUCUUUCACGUUGACUAAACUAUGAGCUUUGGGCUAAAUUUAUAUUGACAACAUCUCUCAUACACAAACAUGCAGCUCACAACUCAUUUUCAUGUUCCUGCUGCUUUUGGUUUUACUGUAUGCAUCAUUAUGUAAAUAUUGGGAAACAUCAAUAAUGUGUGAAAAUAUGAAUAUCAUUAAAACAGAAGUGUGAAGCAGCUUGACAUGCAUUGACUUUUGAGAUUUUUAAUAGUUAUAACUAUUAAAAAUGUAUUAAGUCUC